AUGGAGAAGGACAAGGUGCAAGCAAUCAUGGAUUGGCCUGAACCCCAAAAUGUGAAACAGGUGCAAUCAUUCCUAGGUUUUGCAAACUUCUACCGUUGCUUUGUUCCCAACUUCUCUUGCUUAGCACACCCUCUGAAUAUCCUUACUCAGAAGGAGCAACCAUGGAUCUGGCUAGUAGAACAGAAGGCUGCAUUUGACGCAAUCAAGGCUGAGAUUUGCAAGGAGCCUGUUCUAGCUCACCCUGAUGAAUCUAAACCUUACACCUUGGAAACAGACGCUUCUGGAGCAGCCAUGGGUGCUGUACUAUCUCAGAGAAAGGAAGAUGGUCAUCUAUAUCCUGUUGCAUUCAUGUCAGCCAGUUUUUCACCUGCUGAGCUGAACUAUGUGUUGUACACCACUUCACAGAAACCUGACGCCCUGUCAAGACGACCAGAUCACAUGGACUUAGAACCAUCUCCACAAGUUAUGAUUCCAGAAUCUCACUUUGAGGCAUUUUCAGCACACAUAGAUCUGUCCUUGUUGGAUCAAAUCAAGGAAGCUACCCAGGAAGACCCUAGUCUUGACACAAUCUUGCUAGCUGUAUCAGAUCCUAAAUCCGUGCCCCACAGCGUUGCACAGAAGUUCAAGGACUAUACAAUUCAGAAGGGUCUACUUCUGUAUCAAGGAAGAGUAGUUGUGCCAGAUGAACCUGAGACCAAACAGCAACUCUUAUCUCACUUCCAUGAUUCUCCUGCUUCUGGUCACCAAGGAAGAGCACAAACUCUAGAGUUAAUCAGUUGUCACUACUACUGGCCAGCAAUGAAGUUCCAAGUCAACCGCUAUGUGGAGUCUUGUGAAAUCUGCCAAGGAAGCAAGGGUCAUGCACACAACUAUGCUCUCGACCCGCUUUCUGUCCCUGCAGGUCCCUGGGAAGACAUCUCAUAUGAUUUCAUUGUCAAGUUUCCCAAGUGUAAGGGUUAUGACAGCAUCCUGGUGGUUGUAGACCGCUUCUCAAAGAUGAUGCACCUGAUUCCCUGCAAAGAAACUGCUACUGCUGAGGAUGUUGCUCAGAUGUUCCUGGAGCAUGUCUGGAAGCUACAUGGCACUUCCAAGCACACUGUGUCUGACAGAGGGACUACAUUCAACUCCAAAUUCCUCAAGGCACUGUACAAAUCUCUGCAAAUCACUCCUAGUUUCUCUACUGCUUACCACCCACAAUCUGAUGGGCAAACUGAGAUCAAGAACCAAUGGCUAGAGGCUUACCUACGUCCCUUCAUUAAUCAUAGACAGUCUGAUUGGGUUGAUUGGCUCCCACUGGCUGAAUUUGCUCACAACAAUGCCAGAAGCAAAGCAACGGGCAAAUCGCCCUUUGAGAUUGUGUAUGGACGUUCUCCUGUCAUUUCACCACUCCUGGAACCCACUGGAUCACCUAUUGCUGAUGACAGAGCCAAGCAACUGGCUGAGACAAUUCAGGAAGUACAGGCAUCAAUCAAAUGGGCUCAGGAGCGCUACAAACAGACAGACACAGGGAAACUACCUCCUGAGUUUCAACCAGGAGACAAAGUUUGGCUUCUGGCUUCCAAUAUCACGUUGCAGCGCCCCAAUGAAAAGCUAGACCACAAACAAUAUGGCCCUUUCCCUGUUAUAGAAAGAGUGGGCUCUCACGCCUAUCGCCUGGCUCUCCCUGAGACCAUGAGAAUUCAUGAUGCGUUCCAUGUCAGCUUGUUGUCUGCUUUCAAACAAGACACAGAGUUUGAUUGCACAUUCACUCUUCCGCCGCCUGUGAUCACAGCAGAAGGAGAAGAAGAGUACGAAGUAGACAAAUUUGUAGAUUGGGCAGCAGAAGACGGAAUCUGGAAGUACAGGGUGAGAUGGAAAGGAUAUGCGCCCCAUGAGGACACAUGGGAACCAGCCAAGGAUCUACAGCAUUGCAAGGACAAAUUGCGCAACUUCUUUGCUAAUUAUCCAGAUGCCCUGGCCGCCAACAACCCCAUCCCUGUAAAUGCGCACAAAGUUAAAAGAGGCUAG